GAUGUACACUUCCGACUAUCAGGCAGGCGGAGGCAAACCCAUGACACCAUGAGUCCUCCAGCUUGGCCUGUGGACUUGUGGUGUUGUCAAAUGCCAUUUGGCUGCACACUGCAACAGGCAAGCAAAUCUCAGCUCUCCAGCCAGUUGACAUCUGCCACCUGGUGAUGGUAUGGAAGGAGUAGCACAAUGAACCGAUACAGCACCCUCAGACAGCUCGGGGAUGGCACGUACGGAUCGGUCAUACUCGGACGUAACCUGGAGUCAGGGGAGCUUGUGGCCAUAAAAAAAAUGAAAAGAAAGUUCUACUCAUGGGAAGAAUGUAUGAACCUCCGUGAAGUCAAGUCCUUGAAGAAACUCAACCACGCUAAUAUCAUCAAGCUGAAGGAGGUCAUCAGAGAAAAUGACCACUUGUACUUCAUCUUUGAGUACAUGAAAGAAAAUCUGUAUCAGCUGAUGAAAGACAGAGCUCGGUUGUUCCCAGAAUCCGCUGUGAGAAACAUCAUGUUCCAAAUCCUCCAGGGGCUUGCAUUCAUUCAUAAACAUGGGUUCUUUCAUCGGGACAUGAAGCCUGAGAAUCUUCUUUGCAUGGGCCCAGAGUUGGUGAAAAUAGCCGAUUUUGGCCUCGCUAGAGAGAUUAGAUCUCGACCGCCGUACACAGACUAUGUGUCCACCAGAUGGUACCGAGCUCCAGAAGUCCUCCUCAGAUCCACAUCCUACAGUUCCCCCAUAGACCAGUGGGCGGUAGGCUGCAUCAUGGCAGAGCUGUACACCCUCAGACCUUUAUUCCCCGGCUCCAGCGAAGUGGACACCAUAUUCAAGAUUUGCCAAGUUUUGGGUACACCAAAGAAGAAUGAUUGGGCAGAGGGAUUCCAGCUGGCCAGUGCCAUGUAUUUCCGUUGGCCUCAGUGUGUUCCCAGUAACCUGAAGACACUAAUUCCUAACGCCAGUCCAGAAGCUAUCCACCUGAUGACUGACCUGCUCCAAUGGGACCCCAAGAAAAGACCAACAUCUGCACAGGCUCUCAGGUACUCCUACUUCCAUGUGGGCCAGGCUUUGGGCACCCCUCAGCAGAUCCUGGAGCAGGACAGACCUCAGCCACAUCCUUUGCCCCCACAGCAACCCUUACAGACGCCACUGCAGCAGCAGCCCUUACAUCUGAGGCCUGUGCCCCCCUCCCAGGCCUCUCCCCACAAUCAGCACUGCACCACCUCCAGACCGCUGCAGCAGAUCCAGCAGCCCUCUCUCCUCCCGGCCCCACAGCCCCCAGUGGCUGCGUACCAACGUCACGUAGAGCUUGUGCGGGAGCACCAACCGAAGCACGUUCACAAGCAGGAAGCAAGCGAAUCUCUUCUCCCUUACAUUGUUGACAACAGCAAGACAAGACAGGAAAGUGAGAAUGCUAACCUGCUGAGCUAUCAAACGAAAGCAAAGGGAGGACGUCGGCGUUGGGGUCACGCUGCAGGACACCUCAAAGGUGACGAGUGGGACGACUACGGCGACACCGAACCGAUGCCUUUGAGUGUUCCGGGAAAAGGCAAUGUCCCCCGAGAGAAGUCGAGGCAGGGAGAGGAGCCACUCCGAAGAUACAGCGACAUUCUGGACUUCAGUCGACCAAACGGAAAAGAAGAAGCACCUUUAAACCUGAACAAGACGUCAAGCUUCCAGGAAGCAUCGAGGACGGCAUCUGCCAAACAACACUACCUGAGACAGUCACGUUAUUUACCAGGCAUCAGCACGAAGAAAAAUGUGGCCAUAAAUGCUAGUAAAGACCGGAGCAAGAGCCAUCUUUGGGGAAAUAGCGGUAUUCCUUUUGGUGGGACUCUGCCAAGCAGAGGACUUCACGGUACAAAUACAAUCCCUGGAGCAUGCACGCAAACGUUUUACAAAAAAGAUGCCUGCUCUGUCGGUCACAGAGGUCAUCAGGGUGCCUCUUUGGAAUCAGCUGCUUCAAAUUAUGCAACAUGGCGAUCGGGUCGGAGUCAGAGGAACGCCUACGGCAACAUGGCCAACAAAAGCCCCCCUUGUCAGUUACCACGUGCACCAGUACAGACCAUCCACGGGCGAAUAGACUGGUCUGCCAAAUAUGGACAUCACCGCUAGUGGCCUCCCGCGCUUUACUUUACCUCCCAAAGAGAAGGCCUCGUUGUUUUGUACAUACAUCUUAACACAGCAAUAAUGUUUGUUUGUUGCCAAUGUACCAUGGAUGUGGUGUGCAUGUGUGAGGGUAAAUGCAACCAGCCAAACAUAUGUGCACCUCUGUGAUAUACUGUAAUUUUUUCUGUAACAUAACUUACUGUCCUGCUUUGGUUAUUACACUUUUUAUGUUUUUAUGGUUUGCUAUUGAACCUGUUUACCAAGCUGUAUACAUGAUAUGCAUAUUAUUAAGUCACUGUGACUUGUUUAUAGCCAAGUAAUUACUUUGCAACGCUAUAUUACUGUGUAAAUAUUGCUGGUGUUUUUACCUUUUUUUACUUUGUGAUGCUAGUGAUUUAAAUAUGAUUUUUGUUUAUUGUUUUUCAAUUAAAGUCAAGGCCGUAAUUGAAA